CUCUGUAUUCUGUACAUGAGAUGCUGGACCAGAGGCUCUAGGAGGAUAUGCAGUGGCAGAGAAAGACUUGAAUGGAGUUGCUGCAGCAGGGAUGCAACAUUGAGCGACAGUUGCUUCAGGAACCUUGCUGAAGAUCGUAGUGGGAUAAACCUUAAAGAUCUGGUUCAAGACCCGUCUUUGUUGGGUGGGACUAUAUCUGCAUACAAGAUAGUGCCAGAUGAAAUUGAAGAAAUAAAGGAGACACUGAUAGACUGGUGUGAUGAAAAGGAACUUAACUUGAUUUUGACAACUGGAGGAACAGGGUUUGCACCACGAGAUGUUACUCCAGAGGCCACUAAAGAAGUAAUAGAACGAGAGGCCCCAGGGAUGGCCCUGGCAAUGCUGAUGGGAUCACUUAAUGUUACUCCUCUGGGCAUGCUCUCUAGACCUGUAUGUGGAAUCAGAGGAAAAACUCUCAUAAUUAACCUGCCAGGCAGCAAGAAAGGGUCACAGGAAUGUUUUCAGUUUAUACUGCCAGCCCUACCUCAUGCCAUUGAUCUUUUGCGGGAUGCCAUAGUAAAAGUAAAGGAGGUACACGACGAACUUGAAGACCUACCUUCACCACCACCUCCUCUUUCUCCUCCUCCAACCACCAGCCCACACAAACAGACAGAAGACAAAGGUGUACAGUGCGAGGAAGAGGAGGAAGAGAAGAAGGAUAGUGGAGUUGCCUCAACAGAGGACAGUUCCUCUUCACAUAUAACUGCUGCAGCCAUAGCAGCUAAGAAGCAUCCAUCCUACACCAGUUCUGCUGUUAUCAUGGCAAAAGGUGAACAGCCCAUCCCGGGUCUCAUCUGUUAUUCCCAUCACGCAGCAGGCAGUGCAGGAGAACCGAUUCCAGACUCCAUCAUUUCUCGUGGUGUUCAGGUGCUCCCACGAGACACAGCCUCCCUCAGUACUACCCCUUCAGAAUCUCCUCGUGCCCAGGCCACUUCUCGUCUCUCUACUGCAUCCUGUCCAACACCAAAAGUGCAGUCCAGAUGCAGUAGCAAAGAGAACAUCCUCAGAGCCAGUCACAGUGCCGUUGAUAUUACCAAGGUGGCCAGAAGACAUCGCAUGUCUCCAUUCCCAUUGACAUCUAUGGACAAAGCCUUCAUCACGGUUCUGGAGAUGACUCCAGUGCUUGGAACAGAAAUCAUCAAUUACCGAGAUGGAAUGGGCCGAGUCCUUGCUCAAGAUGUUUAUGCAAAAGAUAACCUGCCCCCCUUCCCAGCAUCUGUAAAAGAUGGAUAUGCUGUCAGAGCUGCUGAUGGCCCUGGGGAUCGAUUCAUCAUUGGGGAAUCCCAAGCUGGUGAGCAGCCAACCCAGACUGUGAUGCCUGGUCAGGUAAUGCGGGUUACAACAGGUGCUCCAAUCCCCUGUGGUGCUGAUGCUGUGGUGCAAGUAGAAGACACAGAACUCAUCAGGGAAUCAGAUGAUGGCACUGAAGAACUAGAAGUACGAAUUCUGGUGCAGGCUCGACCAGGCCAAGAUAUCAGACCCAUAGGACACGACAUUAAAAGAGGUGAAUGUGUACUGGCUAAGGGAACCCACAUGGGUCCAUCAGAAAUUGGCCUCUUAGCAACCGUUGGAGUAACAGAAGUAGAAGUUAACAAGUUUCCAGUCGUUGCAGUCAUGUCAACUGGGAAUGAGUUGUUGAAUCCUGAGGAUGACCUCUUACCAGGAAAGAUCCGAGACAGUAACCGUUCCACUCUCCUAGCCACAAUUCAAGAACACGGCUACCCAACAAUCAACUUGGGAAUUGUGGGAGAUAACCCAGAUGACUUACUGAAUGCACUGAAUGAGGGUAUCAGCCGUGCAGACGUUAUCAUCACAUCAGGAGGCGUGUCCAUGGGUGAAAAGGACUAUCUUAAACAGGUGCUGGACAUUGACCUUCAUGCACAGAUUCACUUUGGCAGAGUUUUUAUGAAACCAGGAUUGCCAACAACAUUUGCAACUUUGGAUAUUGAUGGCGUACGAAAAAUAAUCUUUGCACUGCCAGGAAAUCCUGUAUCAGCUGUUGUCACCUGCAAUCUCUUUGUAGUCCCAGCACUGAGGAAAAUGCAGGGCAUUUUGGAUCCUCGGCCUACCAUUAUCAAAGCCCGGUUAUCAUGUGAUGUAAAAUUAGAUCCUCGCCCAGAAUACCAUCGGUGCAUACUGACUUGGCAUCACCAAGAACCACUGCCUUGGGCACAGAGUACAGGUUAGCCACUUACGUACAUUGACACAAUUACACACAGGCUUCCAGAAAUCUACCCUACAAUCAAACACAUACGCAUAUUUACACACAGAUGUCUACAACUGCUUCUUUGCCAACAUACAUAUGCAACUUACUUACAUGCAAGUUCACUGAUGCUGUAAAACACAGACUUACUAGCCUACUCCAAUUUUUUACACAAUUGCUAGCCUUUAAGCUCCCUGACACACAUGCAUUUGCAUACACACAGCCUGCCUAUUUGAACAUGUUCUUUUGCAUAAACAUUUACUCACACUUGUUUAUGCUCCUCACAGACAUGCUUGCUUACUCACAUGCUCACUUCCAAACUACUACAUUUAUUAAAUACAGGUUGGAAGAUGGCUUCUAGAAUUUUAUUUGAAAUAAACAGAGAUGUUGCUAGCUGAAAGGGAGAAACAUCCAGAAGAGAUGGCUGAGGAUGGUAUCUGUUCUCUCAAUCAAGAGGAUAUGGCCACUUUUUUAACAAGAUUUGCAAUCUGAGGGUGCUGUUCAGUGUUCAGCUGCAUGUUAGUUACUAGGUAGAAGCAAUAGUUGAGUAGUUUUUCCAUUGACAUGUGGCUAGAAGGUUGACUUUGCCUCUCAGAUAGAUGUAGGUCAUGCUGCAGUUAUCCAUGCUUUGUCAUCUCCAGAAUGGUUUAAAACCAUACAUUUUACAUGAAGCGUUCCUUGGAGACUACCUGGAGAUUUAUUAGUAUUGAUUGUGUUUCACUGCUGAUUUAGGUAGAUUUCAUAGAUGGGUCUCUUUCAUACAUAGCAUUGAUUCCAACCAGUGACCAGACACUUUUACAAGUGCAAUUCAAAGUGUUGAUUUUUAUCAAUCAAGGUUUACAUGGUUUAACUCCUGGUUAUUUUAUGCACUACCUCUUUUCUCAUGUCCCAAGCAGACAAUUGAUGCCAAUUGGAAUACUCUCACUGUCAGCCCUCAAUUUUGAACAUGGGGAAGCCAAAGACAUGGUAUUCUCUGUGGGGACUUUUGCCUCUUUAUUUUGCUUCACGGUUGGUCCUGCAGAGCUGAAAUUAUUCACCCUCAUGAUAUAUUGCAAGACUAAGGGUGUUAAAUGGGACUUGAAUAGAAAGAAAAAUGAGUUAAUGGAUGUUUGGAGAACCUGGAAAAAAUAAUCUGACAAAUUCUGUCUCAUGAGUAUGUUGUGGGUAUUUGCAUCCAUUGAGUAUCCAUACCCAUUCCACCAUGACCAAAUUAGUUUCAUGCUUCUCCUUCUAAUAAUAACCCUUUUUCCAACAUCAUGUAUUGUGGU